GCUCCAUGGUUCUCUGCCUCUCUCCCUCCUGGGUCACCCGGGUGCCUUCGUCCUCUUCUCCGGGCUCCUUCUCCCUGCUGCUCACCCGCGGGGUCUCCUUCGGCGCCGGGGGCCGCAGCGCCCUCGAGUCCUUCUCUCCCCCCCGACGUGCCCAUUACGUGCUGGGAGCCUACGGGCGGGGGGGCGCGGAGCGGCGCUGGGUGCCGGAGCUCACCCGGGCCCUCGACUGCCCCACGGCGGGCUCGGAGCCGCUCGGCCGCCGCCUCGAGGACCCGGUGCUGGGCCGCUGGGUGCUGGCGGAGCGGGCGGGCCUGGCCGUGCCCCCCUGCGUGGCCUUCGUCGGGGCCGCGGCCCCCGGAGCGGAGCUCCCCGAAGGGCUCCGGGAGCCCGUGAGGCUGGUGCGGGUCCGGGGCGGCCCCGAGGAGAGGGAGAGAACGGUGCGGGAGGAGCUGGUGGCGUUCCUGGACGGGGCGGACAUGGAGCGGUACCGGGAGGUGUCGGUGCGCCCCGCGGGGUGGCGCUGGCGCGGCCCGGGCCCCCGCAGCACGCACGGGAAGGAGGCGGGGGCGGCGGUGGCGGGGGCGGUGGGAGCGCGGCUCCGGGCGCUGCGGGACGAUGACGGCGUCCUCGUGGAGGCGCUCGUGCCCUCCGCGCGCGUGCCCGCGCCCCCCACACGCAGCCCAGCCCCGCGGCUGCCCCUGGCCCUGCGCAUCUGCACCCUGGUCUGCAGGUCCUGGGGGGACCGGCCCCAGCUCUGCCAGGUGUCCUGCUCCGUGGGGCACGCGGAGGCCCCGGUGCAUCACGGCGCGGCGCUGCCGCAGGGGUUGGACUCCAGCCUGCGGCACUGGGGGGUGGCAGCCCCCGAGCAGCGCCAGGCCCUGGCCACGCGCCUGCGGGAGGCCGCCGAGGCCGCCAUGGCCGCGGUCCUGGCCGCCGAGGCCGAGCUGAGCCCCGAGCAGCGCGGCGGCGCCCGUGCCCGCACCGACAUCAUGGGCGUGGACUUCUUGCUGGACGACGCCUUGGAGCUGGUGGCCCUGUCCACCAACAGCCAGCGGUGCCUGGAGACCUGCCUGCUGGCCGAGGCUAUGGGGCGCGCCGUGGGGCAGCCCCACGGUGACACGGCGCGGCUGCUGGCCGAGGCCAUGCUGCACCGGGCGCAGUGUCGCCUCGUCGAGGGCAAGGACAUCCUGCUCAUCGGCGCCGGUGGCGUCAGCAAGAGCUUCGUCUGGGAUGCAGCCCGCCACUACGGGCUGAGGAUCCACCUGGUGGAGUCGGACCCGGAGCACUUCGCGGCGGGGCUGGUGGAGAGCUUCCUGCCGUACGACAGCCGGGAGCACCGGCGGGACGAGGAGCACGCCGAGCGGGUGGCGGAGCUGCUGCGCUCCCGGGGGCUGCAGCCCCACGCCUGCCUCUCCUAUUGGGACGACUGCGUGGUGCUGGCGGCCCUGGUGUGCGAGCGCUUGGGGCUGCGCUGCAGCCCGGCCGCCGCCGUCCGGGUGGCCAAGCACAAGAGCCGCACUCACCGGCACCUGCGGAGCUGCAGCCGCGGCCGCCCGGCCCCGGCCGCCUUCGCCGUGCCCUGCUGCCGGCUGCAGAGCCACGGGGACGUGGAGCGGGCGGCGGCGGCCGUGCCCUUCCCGGCCGUGGCCAAGCUGGAGUUCGGAGCCGGCGGCGUCGGGGUGAAGCUGGUGGAGAGCCCGGAGCAGUGCCACGAACACGCGGCCCGGCUCUGGCGAGACCUGCGGGAGGACUCCGACCACCCCGGCAUCGGCUUGGGCUGGGGCAACGCGAUGCUGCUCAUGGAGUACGUGCCCGGCACGGAGCACGACGUGGACCUGGUGCUCUUCGAAGGCCGCUUGAUGGGCGCUUGGGUGUCCGACAACGGCCCCACGCGCCUGCCCGCCUGCCUGGAGACCGCCGCUUGCCUCCCGUCCUGCCUGCCCCCCGACCGGCAGGCGCAGCUGGUGCGGGCAGCCCUGCAGUGCUGCCUGGCCUGCGGGCUCCGCGACGGCGUCUUCAACGUGGAGCUCAAACUGGGGCCGGCCGGGCCCCGCUUGCUGGAGAUCAACCCCCGCAUGGGGGGGUUCUACCUCCGCGACUGGAUCCGGGAGGUCUACGGCGCCGACCUGCUCCUGGCGGCCGUGCUGGUGGCCCUGGGGCUGCCGCCGGUGCUGCCCGCCCGGCCCGCGGCCCGCACGCACUUGGCCGGGGUGAUGUGCUUGGGCUCGGAGCACGGAGCCGUGCUGGGGGCCGGCGGGGCGCUGCGGGCGCUGCGGGAGCUGCAGAGCCGGGGGCUCGUCCGCCUCAACCGGCUCUUCGAGGAGACGGCGGCCGACGGCGAGUACGAGGAGCCCUGCCUGAGCGUGGCGUGCGGCGCCGAGACGAGGGCCGAGGCUUGUGCGCGCCUGCUGACGCUCUGCCAGGCGCUGGGCAUCGACUCCCCGCGGUACCCGGUGGAGCAUUUCCUCUCGCACUUCAAAUAGCGGCGGGGACG